CUCCUCUCCUCUCCUCUCCUCUCCUCUGCUCUCCUCUCCUCUACUCUCUUCUGCUCUACUAUCUCCUCUACUCUCCUCUACUCUCCUCUGCUCUACUAUCUCCUCUCCUCUCCUCUGCUCUCCUCUACUAUCAGAGCUGUGAAGUUGGAGUCACUUGUAGCGUUUGGACCGUAACAGAAGAGCGAACAGAAGCCUACAGCGUUCCGUUAGUCGCCUGAACUUGUUCCGGUCGACAUAACGGACGGUAAAGUUUGACAGUGUGCUCCUCCAAGGGCUGAAAGGUCACCGGGACCGGUCUCCUCCUCCUCCUCCUCCUCCCAUCAGUCUCUUAUGAAGAUGUGAACUCUUCCUCCCUCUCUUCCUCUUCCUCUCUCUCUCUCUUCGCCGUCCAAGACUCUUUGCCCUCUUUUUUCUCUCUGUUCGGUACAGAGAGAUCCGAGGCUUAUCCCGCCUCCCGGGGAUGUAUGAAAGCGUGGAUGUUGUGGGUUACAGCCCCAGCCCCAGCAGCCCCAACCCCGGCUCCUUUCUGAGCAUGGACUACUACCACAGACCCCCGGGGCUCGGACCGGAGAAGGGACUCCUGUCCGGUGUGGGAGGACUCCAGCGUCCGUUCGGAGGGUCCCUGGUGACCGGAAGACACUGGAGCGGAUCCAGCCACUCUAUAGAGACUGAGAGCACAAGUUCAGGAGAGGACCUGCUGGUCCCCAGCCCCCCCUCACCUCCACCUCCACCUCGCAUCUACAAGCCCUGCUUUGUUUGUCAGGACAAGUCUUCAGGAUACCACUACGGAGUCAGUGCCUGCGAGGGUUGCAAGGGUUUCUUUCGGAGGAGCAUCCAGAAGAACAUGGUGUACACUUGUCACCGAGACAAAGUCUGCGUCAUUAACAAGGUGACGAGGAACCGGUGUCAGUCCUGUCGACUGCAGAAAUGCCUGGAAGUUGGCAUGUCCAAGGAGUUGGUGCGAAAUGACAGAAUGAAGAAGAAGAAGGAAGAGAAGAGGCAGGGGGAGACGGAGAUCUACGUCUUGUCAGCAGACACAGAGCAGAUGAUUGAACGAGUCCGCCGGGCCCAUCAGGACACAUUCCCCUCCCUCUGUCAGCUGGGAAAAUACACCACGAGCAACAGCUCGGAGCAUCGUGUCUCUCUGGAUGUCAAUCUUUGGGACAAGUUCAGUGAAUUGUCCACCAAAUGCAUCAUUAAGACAGUGGAGUUUGCCAAGCAGCUCCCUGGUUUCACAACAUUAACCAUCGCUGAUCAGAUCACCCUGCUCAAAGCUGCCUGCCUCGACAUACUGAUUCUAAGGAUCUGCACCCGCUACACCCCAGACAAGGACACCAUGACCUUCUCCGACGGUUUGACUCUGAACCGCACCCAGAUGCACAACGCCGGGUUCGGACCUCUCACAGACCUGGUGUUCUCCUUUGCCAACCAGCUGCUCCCGCUGGAGAUGGACGACGCAGAGACGGGAUUGCUCAGCGCCAUCUGUCUGCUCUGUGGAGAUCGUCAGGAUCUGGAGGAGUCAGAGAAGGUGGAUGUUCUUCAAGAGCCGAUGCUUGAAGCCUUGAAGAUCUAUGUGAGGAGAAGGAGGCCUGAUAAACCCUGUAUGUUCCCCAAGAUACUGAUGAAGAUUACUGACCUCAGGAGCAUCAGUGUGAAGGGAGCAGAGCGAGUGAUCACACUGAAAAUGGAGAUACCCGGGUCCAUGCCUCCUCUCAUCCAGGAAAUGCUGGAGAACUCUGAAGGACUGGAAGGGCAUGGAGCCGGGGGAGGGAAAGGGGGUGGAGGAGGAAAAGGUAGAGGAGGAGGCAGAGAAGAGGAUGACACAGAGCUCGGGAGCUGUCAACCAAGUCCAUCGCCCAAAUCCAUUUCCUCUCCCAGCCCGAGCUCUGUGCCCUGCUCCCCCUCUUCUCCCUCCCCCUCCCCCUCCACCUGAGGCUCUGCACUCAGCACCUCUGGUCCACACAGGACACGGCGUGGUACUGCAACAAAACCAUCCCCACAGCUGACUGAAGGCAGAAAGAAACUGCACCUAGUACCAGAUGAACCCAUAAACUCUCUGGGUUACUGAUGACAUGAUAGGCUCAGUAUAUACUAUAGGUGGUGUGAGGUUGAAUGAAAGCUGGUAAACCAUGCUGUGAGAACUGGAUUUGAGUUCAGACAUCAUGCAGCAUUUUUUGUUCUCUUUUUAUAAUGCCUAAAAGGUUAAUUCCAUGCAGACUGUGUGAACCUAAAUGAAGGAUUAUCGAGAUACUGAAAUGUGGACAGACUGAUGAAGAGGAUUCCUCUUAAAUCACACACCCUCCCUUAUAAAAACUCAUGUAUAGUACGCAGAAUCACUAUGUGUAAUAUAUUGUAUAUAAAAAAGGCUUGGAAAGAAGUUGUCAGACUGAGGCGGACUUAUACAAGAAGUUAUUUUCCUAAGUGUACAUGUGUAUAUACUGUAUUUCCCCAAUACAACUGUAAAGAGUUCUUCCUUCAUCCUCUUCCCAACAUCACCCCCCCACACACAUACACACUGUCCCCAACCUUCUGCUUUCCCCUCACAGACACAUCAUGGAAAAAGAAUAGUCCUUGACUUGAUUUCCCUCCACUGGAAUCAGAAAUGUAAAGCUUGAGGUAUUGCUCCAUGCGUUACUUUGCAUCAACAUCUGUAAGAAAAGAUGUAUGUAGUUUGUUUUCAGAUGGAGCUUCAGCAACUCAAGUGACUUCUCAUCAACAAACUGUGGAACAAGACAUUUUCAUUUUAAAAUAAUACAACAUCUUCCUGGUGGACAAACUGGGAUACAAGGAGAUAUGUCAAACAGUCACUGUGUUUUACCCGGGAAGCUGUUUUGGAUCACGGAAAGUAAAUUUACUCAAGCGGUCAUUUUCUUUGAAUGGCAAGUUGUGUUUAUUGUUUCAUGAGUCAUAGUCAUGAUCAUUUGACAGAUUAUUUAGUACUUUAACACAUCCUGAAGUUUAACAUGUCAGAGUUUUUCAGUAUAGCAGCAAGUCAGGGGUCAUUGUCAGAACAAAAGUAACAGAAGUUUCUUUCGUCCCUCAACACCCAUGUUACUGUAGAGUCCAACAACAACAUUAAAUGUGUUCUUAUUAGGGCUGUCAAUCCAUUAAAAUAUUUAAUCCUGAUUAUUCA